GGACGGUUCUACCGCUCUGCAACCGAGUCGCUCUGUGCCGGAACCGCCGGGCGUGCAGGCCAAGCUCCACGGACGGCAAUUGUUCGGCCACUUUGAUAUAUAUAACCCACCCAUGCCGCAGGUAUUGAGAUGGCGGAUUUCACAUCGCAAUUGUCGUUCUUUUCCCCUAUUCUACACUCUUUAGUCUAUUCAUUCCUUUCGUUACCAUGAUGCGCAGUGCGCUUCUACUUUCUGUCAUUCCCCUCGUCCUGGGGUGUGAAAGCCCCAAGAAUCAUGCCUGUGCCUCCGUCUACUCGGUCUCCUCGGCUGCUGCUGCCAGCUUCUGCGCCACUUUCACGGCCAGCUCUGUGACGGCCACGACUGAUGUCCCGGACGCGUUCCUUUCCAACUGCGAGUACAAGACGAAGCAUCUCUCGAGUGCGUGCAGCUGCCUGGGUGCAGCCGACGGGUCGUCUCCCGCGUCGACGCCCGCCGCCUACCCCAGUGUUGACUCCAGUGCUCAAACCACCACUGCAGGCAAUGCGGCCCCUGUCGUAGCCACCCCUACUUUGGCGGUCGCCACGACCCUCCAGACCACUGCUGUCCGGAUCGCCGUGUCCACCCCCGCUGCGGUCUCCCUCGCUGGCAAUGGAGGCACGACCUGCACCGUGACCGAGUACGCCUCGAUCUCGUCGGCCGUCGCAUCCUGCUCCAACAUCCUCCUGUCCGGCAUCUCCGCCCCGGCCUCCAGCACCAUCGACCUCACCAGCCUGCAGACCGGUGCGGCCGUCAUCUUCGCCGGUGAAACCACCUUCGGCGACACCUACGACUCGGACUUCGACCCGAUCGUGAUCUCCGGCACAGACAUCACCAUCUUCGGCGAGGAGGGCCACAUCAUCGACGGCAACGGCGAAGCCUACUGGGAUGGCGAGGGCUCCAACGGCGGCCAGGACAAACCCGACCACUUCAUCGUGAUCAAGGACUUCUACAACUCCAGCAUCACCGACCUCUACAUCCAGAACUGGCCUGUGCACUGCUUCGAGAUCGAGAACACCGAGUACCUGACCAUGUCCGGCCUCACCCUCAACAACUCGGCCGGCGACGCGGCCAACAGCAAGAGCGACGGCAAGGCGGCCGCGCACAACUCCGACGGCUUCGACAUCAAGCAGAGCGACUACCUCACGCUGUCCGACUCGUGGGUCCACAACCAGGACGACUGCGUCGCCGUGACCAGCGGCACCGAGAUCGUCGUCGACAACCUCUACUGCUACGGCGGCCACGGCCUGUCGAUCGGCUCCAUCGGCGGAAAGAGCGAUAACACCGUCAACGGCGUCACCUUCUCCAACUCGCAGGUCGUCAACAGCGAGAAUGGCUGUCGGAUCAAGAGUAACGCCGGCGACACUGGCGAGGUCUACAACAUCCUCUACCAAAACAUCACCAUCUCCGGAAUCUCCGACUACGGCAUCGACAUCCAGCAGGACUACGAGAACGGUGGUGCCACCGGCGACCCGACCAACGGCGUCAAGAUCGAGAACAUCACCUUCAUCGAUGUCACUGGUACCAUGAGCGAUGGUCAGGAUUACUACAUCCUCUGUGGAGACGGCAGCUGCGAUAACUUUGUUUUCACCGAUGUCAGCAUCACCGGUGGAAGUGAUGAUAGCUGCAACUACCCUUCCACUGGGUGCCCUUGAUUUGAUUUCAUUGGAGGGGAUCGAAGAGUAGUGGGGGAGAGGGGUUGUGUAA